CUGAGCACCUCCAGGACUCCAGCCAGCCCUCCUUCCAUGCCAGUGAGCCAGACUGCGCGGCAGAGACAAAACUAGACGGGAAUAGCUUCCCCCCAUUAUCUGCCUUCUUUAUCCUGUACUAGAAACAAAGGAGGACAAAAGUAUCUCACUUUUUCCAGCUCUCCUGAUAUGCCUGUAAAUUCAUCCUGGAACUUCAUUUGAGGAAAGGAUCUACUAAAUCAAAGGCUUCCUUCUGCUGUUCCCCUUCCAAGAACUUCCCUCAAGAUGGCAUCCGAUAGCCCUGAGUCACUAAUGACCCUGUGCACAGAUUACUGCCUUCGCAACUUGGAAGGGACUCUCUGCUACCUGCUGGACAAUGAAACCCUCCGGCUCCAUCCCGACAUCUUCUUGCCAAGCGAGAUUUGUGACAAACUUGUCAACGAGUACGUGGAGUUGGUGAAGACAGACAGCAUCUUUGAACCCCACGAAAGCUUCUUCACGCUGUUCUCAGAUCCCCGGAGCACCAGGCUAGCUCGGAUCCAUUUGCAGGAACAGAUUGUGCAGGACCAGGAUCUGGAAGCCAUCAGGAAGCAGGAUCUUGUUGAGCUCUACCUGACUAACUGCGAGAAGCUGACAGCCAAGAGUCUGCAAACCUUGGUGAGCUUCAGCCACACGCUCAUCUCCCUGAGCCUCUUUGGCUGCUGCAAUAUCUUCUAUGAGGAGGAGAACCCUGGAGGCUGUGAAGAUGACUGUUUGGUGAACCCCACUCGCCAGGUCUUGGUCAAGGACUUUACUUUUGAAGGCUUCAGCCGGUUGCGCUUCCUGAACCUGGGCCGUUUGAUCGAAGGGGUAAAUGUGGAGACGUUGCUUCGGCCUUUGGCCUCCCUCGCAGCUCUUGAUCUCUCUGGGAUCCAGCUGAAUGAUGUGGGAUUUCUGACCCAGUGGAAGGACACGCUGAUUUCCUUAGUGCUUUACAACAUGGACCUUUCAGAGGAGCAUAUCCAGGUGAUCGCACAGCUUCGCAAGCUCAGGCACUUGGAUAUCUCCCGAGACCAUCUGUCAAGUUAUUACAAAUUCAAGCUGACCCGGCGGGUUCUAAACCUGUUUGUGGAAAACUUGGUAAACCUCACUUCGCUCGAUAUCUCAGGGCACACCAUGCUGGAGAACUGCACUAUCCCGAGCAUGGAGGAGAAGAUGGGCCAGACAAGCAUUGAGCCAGCAAAGAGCAGCAUUGCUCCCUUACGGGGUCUGAAAAGACCGCUCCAGUUCUUGGGCCUGUUUGAAACAUCUCUCUGCCGCCUGACACAUAUUCCAGCCUACAAGGUGAGUGGAGACAAGAACGAAGAGCAAGUCCUGAAUGCUAUCGAGGCUUACACUGAACACCGGCCAGAAAUCACUUCCCGGGCCAUCAACCUCCUUUUUGACAUUGCUCGUAUUGAACGCUGCAGCCAGCUGCUGCGAGCCCUCCAGCUGGUGAUCACGGCCCUCAAGUGCCACAAGGAUGACAAAAACAUCCAGGUGACAGGCAGUGCGGCGCUGUUCUACUUGACCAACUCCGAGUACCGCAUGGAGCAGAGCGUAAAGCUGCGGCGCCAGGUCAUCCAGGUGGUGCUGAACGGCAUGGAGGUCUACCAGGAAGUCACAGUACAGCGAAACUGCUGCCUGACACUGUGCAACUUCAGCAUUCCUGAGGAGCUGGAAUUCCAGUACCGCCGGGUCAAUGAGCUGCUGCUGAACAUCCUCAACCAGAGCCGGCAGGAUGAGUCUAUCCAGCGCAUCGCUGUGCACCUCUGUAAUGCUUUAGUCUGCCAGGUGGACAACGAUCAUAAAGAAGCUGUGGGCAAGAUGGGGUUUGUCAUGACAAUGCUCAAGUUGAUUCAGAAGAAGUUGGCUGAUAAAACGUGUGAUCAGGUGAUGGAGUUCUCCUGGAGUGCCCUCUGGAACAUCACUGAUGAAACGCCUGAUAACUGUGAGAUGUUCCUUAACUACAGCGGCAUGAAACUGUUCUUGGAGUGCUUGAAAGAGUUCCCAGAGAAACAAGAGCUGCAUCGCAACAUGCUGGGCCUCCUGGGCAAUGUAGCAGAGGUGAAGGAGCUCCGCCCACAGCUCAUGACCUCCCAGUUCAUCAGUGUGUUCAGCAACCUGCUGGAGAGCAAAGCAGAUGGGAUUGAGGUGUCCUAUAAUGCCUGUGGAGUGCUCUCCCAUAUCAUGUUUGAUGGUCCAGAGGCUUGGGGUAUAUGUGAGCCUCACCGAGAGGAAGUUGUAAAGAGGAUGUGGGCAGCCAUCCAGAGCUGGGAUAUCAACUCCAGGAGAAAUAUCAAUUACAGGUCGUUUGAACCGAUCCUUCGACUUCUUCCACAAGGGAUCUCCCCGGUCAGCCAGCACUGGGCCACCUGGGCACUCUAUAACCUGGUCUCAGUCUACCCUGACAAGUACUGCCCACUGCUGAUCAAAGAAGGUGGGAUUCCUCUGCUGAAGGACGUAAUUAAAAUGGCCUCGGCACGGCAAGAGACCAAGGAAAUGGCCCGGAAAGUUAUAGAGCACUGCAGUAACUUUAAGGAGGAGAACAUGGACACUUCCAGAUAGAGGCAAUCAGCUAAUGCCUCUUGCCAGCACUGUAUCCAGCUUCUCUCUAAUUCACUGUAUAUAGGGAGGACUCUUUCUUACCAACUUGCCUGUUGGAAGGAAACUUCAUGUGUGUGUGUGAGACCCUCAGUAGAUGAAGGUGAAACAGGGGAGGGGGGAGGGACUUUUUGCACAACAAAAUUAGUGGAAUUUUUUUGUUAUGAAGUUUCAGGUUGAAGUUCUGUGUGUAUGAUUUAUGUAUAAAAAGAAAACAAAAAACAAAGACAACUACAUUAUGUAUCUUUUAACCUUUUUACUUUAGACCACACAGAGAGCCUCACAUGAUCCUAAGCUUGAAGACCUAGUUGUGUGAUCGCUAGUGUGACGUUUUUAUUUCCCAAUUUUUAGAAAAUCCCCUUUUGCUGUAUUGCAUGAGGUCCUGUAAUGUCUCCAAGAACACCAGUCCUGAAUCGGUAUUGGCUGCUCUGUGGGGUUGCAGGCAGCACCGAGUUAUUUAUUUGGUUAGAGAGGCUGGGGGACACAAUACCAGAGAGUUAGACCAAAAUAAUUGACCUUUUCAGUGAUAUUUGUAAGUGGGGAAGGAAGCUCUUUUAAGUCGAUUCACUCCCUUAAGGGGGUUUUAUAGAAGAUUCAUGUUAGUGGAAGCAUUGCUGACUGUAUGUGGGUCGUUUGGAAGUCAGACAUUCCCAUAAAAGUCCAGGGUCUGUUUUGUCCCCUCUGGCGAUGCCGUAGGAGCUGCCAGCCCGCCCAGCUGCAUAAGGUCAGGGCUGACCCGUCAAAAGUUAGACAUUCUUGGCAACACAGAGCGUUUCUCUCUAAGGGAACCUGUGCAACAAGGAACAAUGUUUGUUCACAAAGGGCUACACAUCUUCAUUCCAGUCCUUUACCACCUUUUUAGUUGUGUAGUUUUACGGGGAAGGGCUACAAAUGCCAGAGAGCGUAUUUCCUCUCUGCAUAAUAAGCUGUUCUGGGCCCCAGUCCAGAGCAGCUCAUGCCACUUGUGUGAGUCCUGGUAACGGACUGGAGAGCUGCUCUUUUCAGUCUAAUCAGUGCAAGCCAUGCUCAGUGGCAAAGUAAUCUCCCUUUCUAGGAAGCUCACUCUAAUGCUGCAGCUGGAGAUGCUAAAGUCCUCUUCUGAGACUGGGGAAUCUCCAGGCACCCUUUGGAGGGCCAUCCCAAGAAACAGCAGCUUUCAUUCCAUCCUGUUCUGGCAAGCGGAAGGCCCUACUCUUUUUCUGACCCCCACUAGCACUUACCAGCAGCGAGCGAGUUGGAGAGAGGAGAGCUCCGCUGCAGUGGGCUUCACCUGCCGGCCUCCAGACCUGUAGGGGCUCAGGAAGCCAAAGGACAAGGUUUGCCUCGCAGCCAGGCCCUCCACAGCACAGCACGCAGUCCACACUCAGAGCCCUCUCCCCACCACAGUUCUUUUAAAAAAAUCUUCCUUUAGGAGAGAUUUAGAAGAUAUUUUAUGUCCGGUAGCAGUAAGAGGAGACCACAGCCACAGAGUUAGGACAUUUCAGGCCUCUGAGCACAGCCUCGCUGCUCUCUUCCCUUGUGUACUUUGCUCUCAGAUUUUACUCGCUGCUACGAGGUUCUUCUAAUGCUCAGAGUUGAUGUUGUCAUUGCUGAGCACGUUAUAGACAGAUCCUAGAUACACAAACUGACACUUUAAAUGACAGAACACAGCUACCCUGCAAAGGUUUACUUUUUCUGCCAAUAUGGUGUUAUUCAAUGUCUUUUUUUUUUCUUUUUAACCAUACGUCAUUUGUUUUGAUAUUGUGAGAUCUGUACUUUUUUUUCUUUUAAGUAUUUUUCAAUCUUAUAUAUAUUUUUGUGUCACUUUUGAAUUGUUUUCAUAUGGUUUGCAAAACUUGACAAAUUACAUUUUUUUUUGCAGUCGUUUGAUUGAAAUGUAUUUUUCUCUCUCUUAUUCCUGUUCCCCAAGAAUUUGUGUCCCUAUAAGCUUUGAGACAGGGAAGCUUAUUUCAAGAUUUGUUUUCUGUGUAAUAUUCGCUAAUCUUGUUUCUAGAUGCAAAACUAAGAGAGGCUGCAAACACUGCCGGCCAGCCUGGUGUGCUGGGGUAGUCGGGCUUUGCUCAUUUAGUUUUCCAUUCGGUGCUGCUGUCCUUUUGAGGUUGUUUCAUGUGACAGUGCCACCCGCUAGACUUCCUUCUCUUCUAAUGCUCAUAUGGUAGAAGCUCCUACCCCUAAAAUCUUGAAUCGUGUGGCAAAAAGCAUUUAAUACUCAGCAUCCUGACUAUGUCGGUGAAGUGGGAGUGGAGCAGGAGGGGAUGCACGACUGAUUGUGAGAGGGAUCAGAAACCCAUGAGCCCAUGAGAAUGCAGCAGCCCUGCUGGGGAGGCAGCUGGGACUUAGGGACACCUGUCUUGGCUAAAGCAACCACAGCCUUGCCUUGUAAUCCGAGCCAAUCAGGCUGUAUGUUGAGAUCUUGGCACAGCCACAUCAAGGUUCAUGAAGAGCUGAGGGUUUGCUUCUGUCUGCCUCAAGUUCCCAAAGGUUUGGGGUUUUCAAACCAGUGUCCCUAUAAAUCCAGCUGUUACUGAACUCUCAGCUGCAGCAAGCUGCACCGUGGGAUCCCAAACUAACAAGAUCCAAGCUGCAUCAAACCUCUGUUCCACAACAUAAAGAUAACCUCCAUCCUCCCUGCUUUCAUACCCGGCUGUACCUGAGCUUGAACUAGGAUUAUCAGGUUUAAAAUUCCCAGCAACAUGGAGAUGAAUGGACUUGGGCCAGCGUGCCAGAAAAGCUUAGCUUUCCAAAACCUGACACUGAUCCCAGGGGACGGGGGAACUAGAACUGCUCUGAACCCCACUACACACAAAAUUUUGCGUCAGGACAGCAGCAAGGUAAAUUACUGAGAGAGUAUUUUAAAAGAAAUAGCCUGUUAAGAGUAAUACGAGCUUUGGCUACAAGCUUCAAUAAACUUUGUGAGCUGAAAAAAAUAGCAUUUACUUUCAGCGAGGAGCAAAAGAGAAAAAGGUCUUCUCUGAACACCUGAGUGUAAUCCAGGAAUUCCUGUAACUGAAAGUUUGAAAGUAGCUUGUACCUGGGUUUCUAGAACUGGAACACCAGGAGUUGUUGAACUCCAGGCAUAAAGCACGUACCGUGACCUGAAGGCUCUCUUUCAAGGCAAGGAGGAGUUAAUUGGUUGUUGUCGUCGUAGAUCCAGUGCUCGAGACAGAACAGAGUAGUUGUCUGCAGCCAUCGUAGUAAUAUUUGGCACAGGAGGGGAGGGCAAAGUGGCUGUUUUUUUAUAAAGGUCUAAUGUAAAAGGAAAAGUCAGAAGCACUGAAAUGCUUGACUGUUACAGAGAAACCUCUCAGGGAAUGAACCAGGAGACUUCAACUCCACACACAAUUAUAGAGCAAACAACCAACUCUGCCCAGAAAACCAGAACAGGGUUCUAUCUGUCAAAUGCAAAUCCAACUGGAAAUAAGUUUAGUGCGUAAAAGUACGGCAGAGGGGCUCCUUGUACUCUGUAGUUACUGUCCCAUUCACACUCAUCCAUGCUUCCACUACUACCUUUCCUUUAAUAUCCAAAUGCUCGGCAAGUAGAGCACUAAUGUAGCUCAGAGGAUCUCUGCAGAGCCCAUGCCACCAAAGGAACCCUCUACCUUGACUGUAUGUGGUUUCCUUCCUGGCUGGAGAAUGCCUGAUGGUUCAGCAGCCAGGUUGAUGACAGAGCAGUCCUCGGUGCUCAGGGUGUCAGCUCUCCACCACUUCUCUGCAAUAGAUAAGAGAGCAAAUUGUAGGCAACUUUCCCCAAGUGCUUCCAUCGUACAAGAUCUGUGGGAGGAAUCGCUUGAACAGAUUGGCAUCUCUUGUACGGUGCUUUACAGCCAGCAGCACUAGACUCUCUUAUCUAGAUCAAGCCAAGAAAGUUUAGCACUGAUAUUUGUGGCAAUUGGUAACAUUGCAGAUAGUUCAUCUGCCUCAUAGCUGCUAUUCCCCUGCACCUUCCUACCAGCUGAAAGGAUAUCUGCUCAGCAUUGCAUCCUACGCAGCUUGUCGCCCCAGUUGGGCUUCUGCUGCAGUCACUCUGCUCUCUGCAGAAGAUGAGUGGGAAGAAAAGUCUUGGAGCUGUGAGCCUGUUCCCCUCUCAUCACUUGAAGGACGCAAUUAAUUACCAGUAGGAAGAGAGCUACAGGGGCCCUGUGUUCAGGCACGACUCCAGAGGAAAGAGACUGCUGAGGGAGGAGCCCACCACAGCAGAGGUGUUGGAGGGUAUCUUGUGCUGGAAAAAAGGAGAAUUAAAAGUAGGGAAACAGCUGGUCUCCACGACAACCACAUGUACGGAGCACAGAGAGUAAUGGUUGUCAGGAAUGGAUGAAAAGCCACGAGGGGGCUGGAUGAGAAGACAGCACUUAAAAAAGGAAUGAGGAAGAUUUCCUGCUGAAGUGAAACACUUCUGCUUUAGCAGACUGUAUUUUGAUUUCAUUUAAUUGUCACUGAUUCUCUCUGUAAUUCUUUUCUUGUUUAAAAAAAAAAAAGUUUUUAAGCUAACCGAACAUGUAUCUCCAUGUUUUGCUUAAAGAAAAUAACCUGUUAUAAAGAGCAAGUGUCUGCUUUUACUCUGUCCAUUCACCUGCCUCUCGUUGAGAAGCCUGGUUCAAAUGUUUGUACAUGGUGAAACCAAGCAAAAAAAACCCAAAACCCAAUGCUCAACUGUUGCUUCCUUACAAUUCUGAAUGACUUAACUUUCCUGUUGUAUCCAUUGGAUACCCACUGUGUAUUAAACCUAGUGCUU